CAAUUAUGAAUCUUUCAACGCUAGAAAACACACGAGAUUCAUCAUAGCUCCCACAUCUCGUUGCACCUCUUUCUCAACAAUUCUCAGGUGCCCUUAGUCUCAUUUCACCUCUUUUUACUCAAUUCUCAGGAUGGUUGGGGCUAUAUUGGUGAGGUCUUUUACUGAUAACUUCUCAUGCCCAUUUUUAUGCUUGGAUUCCCUUUCUUCAAGUAGCUUAAAUGUUAAGGGCAAUUUGGAGUUGGAUAAAAAACUUAGAAGGAGAAAGCAUUUGAAGAAAGUGAAUUUGAGCACUUCUUUCUUGGAUGCCUGGUAUGAAUGGAGAUUGUCAGCAAAAAUGCUUUCAUUCUACACCUUUAAAAGCAAUUCAAGAAAGAAACGUAGGCUUCAUUCCCUCACUGUUGUCAAUGAAUUGGGAGGGCAGUACGAGGAUACAUUCAAUGAUGUCAAAAUGGACAUAAUCAACUGCUUCACGUUUAAAGCUGUGAGGACUGUUCUUGAGCAACUCUAUGAGAUGAAUCCACCACAAUACGCUUAUUUACACAACUUUAUUGCAGAUAACACGACCAAAAGUGGAAAGCUUUUUCUACAGACUUUAGCUAAGGAAAGGCGGGAACUCGCUGAAAGAGUAAUGAUAACACGACUUAGCCUAUAUUCGAGAUGGAUUAAGAAAUGCGAUCAUGCCGAAAUAUAUAAAGAAAUUUCUGAUGAGAACUUGAAAUUGAUGAGAGAAAGGCUUCUGGAAACCAUUGUAUGGCCAUCUGAUGACACAAAUACUGAGAAAACAGAUUGAUGGGAGAUGAUGCCUCACUUUUGAUGGGAUUUUGUCUUCAAUUUAUGUGCUUCAUACCUUGCUAGUCUAAUGCCAUUUUGACAUAUACAUCUUCAUGUAUAACUCCCAUUUGAACAGUUAAUAAGGGGAGGAAAGUAGCUAAGAUUGCAAAUAUUGUUGUGGCAUAGCCUCACUGUGUGUAUAGUCUUUAUUUGAGUAGUUUUUACUUCGAUAAAUUGUCAAAUUUCUAUCAAAUCUCUUGGUUGGAAUUAUCUCUAUCAAAAAUAAUAUAGUGCCAACUUAAAUAUA